AUGAUUGCGUUCCAGCAGGCCUUCUGGAAGUUCCUGCGGCCCCACACAAUUCGCGGCACCAUCCUCGGAUCCAUCGCUGUCACUGCACGCGCCCUCAUCGAGUGCCCCGCUCCGCUGGACUGGGCCCUGCUGCCGCGCGCUGGUCUGGGUGUGCUGGCGCUGUUGGCUGGCAAUGGCUACAUUGUGGGCAUCAACCAGAUCUACGACGUCGACAUCGACACCGUCUCGAAACCAUUCCUGCCCAUCGCAGCAGGCGAGUUGUCACCGGGGAUGGCCUGGGCGCUCUGUGUGGGCCUGGCAGCGGCGGGCCUGGGGAUCACAGCCGCCAAUUUUGGCCGCCCCAUAACUCUCCUGUAUGCGUUCGGCCUCUUUCUGGGCACGGUCUACAGCGUACCUCCGCUGCGCCUCAAGCGAUUUGCGGUCGCCGCCUUUAUGAUCAUCGCGACCGUGCGCGGAUUUCUGCUAAACUUUGGCGUCUACUCUGCCACUCGCGCUGCCCUGGGGCUGCCCUUCCAGUGGAGCCCUGCUAUCCUGUUCAUCACAUGCUUCGUGACGCUGUUUGCCACGGUGAUCGCCAUCACAAAGGACCUUGCUGACGUGGAGGGGGACCGUAAAUACGGCAUCCAGACAUUCAGCACUCGGCUCGGCACCCGCAGGGUGGCAUUCCUGGGCUCAGGGCUGCUGGCGCUGAACUACGCUGCAGCCAUAGCGCUGGCAAUAAAGAUGCCAGGCACAUUCCGCGCACCUCUGAUGAUCGGCGCAAACCUUCUCUUCACGGCAUAUCUUGCGCAGCAGACAGCCAAGAUAGACAAGGGUAAGUACAGCCAGCUGGCGAUUGCUGGGUACUACCGAGGGAUCUGGAACCUGUUCUACGCGCAGUAUGCAAUCUUCCCCUUCAUAUGA